AUGGCAAACAAAUAUGUUCUCGAAAAUGCUGAGAUAAUAAAAAUUGAACAAGAAUUGAUGGAGGAAUUAUUUGGUUUUUCUGACGAAAGCGACGAUUCCGAUUUCGAAAGUUUACCAGAAGUUGCUAAUGAAAAGGAAAUAGAAGAAACUAAUUUUAUUCUUAAUGAAGACAAAAUAACGAGUGUCUAUAACGCUGAACAAAUGAAAAGUCAUGGAGGACGUAUAGAGGAUUUAAUUGGUUCAUUUGGUGAGGACGACGAUUCUAAUUUACUAAAAACAGCUGAUGAGAAUGAAGUGAAACAAGAAAAAGAAACAAAUAAAAAAGAAAUGAUAAGAGAUUUAUUUGGUUCUUUUGAUAAAGACGACGAAAAUUUAACACAAGUGGCUUAUGAAAAAGAUACGAAAAAAGUGUAUUUUAAUCCUAACAAAAAAAACGGACAAAGAAAAAGAGAAAUUAUGAUUGAUUUAUUUGGUUUUUGUGAUGAGGAUGGAAAUCUUGAAGAUUUACCUAAAUUAGCUGCUGAAAACAAAAUAAAACUAGUUCAUUCUAUUCCAAAUGAACCGGUAAUACAAACAACUUAUGGUAAAAACGAGGAAUCUGAAUGUUUGCAAGAAGCAACACCUGACAAAAAGCAAUCAAAAAAAGCCGAUCCUGUCCACGAUAAAAAAAUGGAGAAACCAGCUGGUGAUGGACAGGUAACAACGAGCAAAAGAACUGCAAAAAGUAGCACUCGCCCAAAAAAUUACAAACCGUCAACAUCAUCAAUCUGUAAACGUCAAACUUCAGAUAACGGACCGAUUCUUUACGGUGGUGAUGUGAUGAUAACGAGAAAGAGAGAAGAAAGAGGGAAGAGGAAAAGAAAAAUUGAUGAAGUUGAAAUCAUUAAUGACAACAAAAAUAUUUGUAUUAUUUCAGAUAUAAUUAAAAUUAUGAACACAGCUGCCGAACAAGACAGAGAAUUGAACGGUCAAAGAAAGCCAGCCAUUCGCGUUAUGCAACAACUUCCAUAUGUCAAAGAACAACUCAAAAAUGUGGGAGUUAUUCAAUCACUAUCAAAUUCACAAAUUUUGAGUUCAAUAGCAAUCUGGUUAGCACCGUUGCCAAAUCACUCCUUGCCUUUUUUGGAAAUUAGAGAGGUACUCUUGAAACAGCUUCUUGACUAUCCUUCAAUAGGUCGUGAAAUCUUGGAAGCCAGUGGUCUCGCGGAGGCAGUCGUCAGCCUUUUAGAACAUCCCAAAGAAACUAUAGAAAACAAAAGCAUAUGCAACCAGUUGCUUAAAAAAUGGGCCAAACAAUUAAUUUUUCAGAAUGUUGAAAAACAACAACAACAUAAAAAACAAAAACUGAGCACAGAAACUAAAGAAAAAAGUUGA